AUGCUAUCAUCCCAUGCUUUUGAUAUUAAAGCUCUGCCGUCACAGUCGUCUGCCCCGCGAUCAAUGACGGCCUUGGUCAGCAAUGGCUGUCGUGUCAUGGAAGGAAAUUUUACUCUUGACUGGAGUGGUGGUGGGAUGUUACUGGAACAGCCUUUCCUGUGGGAGCGGAGCCAUAAAUCGUACAGGCCCCUAACAGUACUCACAUUCCGACUGAACUACCUCUUCAGUGAGCUCAGUGCGGUCACCUACCAUCUGCUCAAUGUGGUUUUACACGCUGUCGUGUGCGUCCUUUACCUCCGCGUCUGCCGGUUGUUCCUGGACAAGACAUCUAGCUUGGUGGCAGCACUGCUGUUUGCCGUGCACCCAAUCCACACUGAAGCUGUCACUGGCGUGGUUGGCAGAGCAGAACUUUUAUCCUCCAUUUUUCUCCUGGCUGCUUUCCUGACCUACACAAAAUCAACUAGCACCAAUCACUCCAUUGUUUGGGCUCCCAUUGCUCUGACUGUGGCACUUGUGGCCGCAGCAACACUGUGUAAGGAGCAAGGAAUCACCGUGGUCGGCAUCUGCUGUGUUUACGAAGUCUUUGUUGCACAAGGGUUUACCCUCCCCCUACUGCUUGAUACUUUGAGGCAAGUUCUGCAGGGCAAAGGCGGUUUCCCGUAUGCUGUGCUGCAAAUUCUAUUGAAGCUUAUCGUCCUUGUCAUCAGCACUCUGCUGCUUGUCAUCGUCAGGGUUCAAGUUAUCCAGUCCCAGCUUCCUGUCUUCACCAGAUUCGAUAACCCGGCAGCGGUCAGUCCCGCACCUGCUAGACAACUGACAUUCAACUACCUACUUCCUGUGAAUGCAUGGCUUCUCCUGAAUCCAUCAGAGCUCUGCUGUGACUGGACUAUGGGAACCAUCCCACUGGUGGAGUCAAUUCUGGACCUUCGUAACUUUGCCACACUUCUGUUCUACUUAUUCCUGGGACUUCUCGCCCUCCAUAGUCUGAGAUACAGACACAGCUCUGCCAAGACUGUCAUCAUGGCCUUGUCUUUGAUCGUCCUACCUUUUAUUCCAGCAUCCAACCUCUUCUUCCCUGUGGGUUUUGUUGUGGCAGAGAGGAUACUCUAUGUGCCCAGUAUGGGAUUCUGUGUCCUUGUAGCUCAUGGAUUCAGGAUUGUCUCACAUAAAGGACAACUGAAGAAGAUUUCCUGGUUGCUGAUUGGAGUGCUGUUAACUACACAUGCCGUGAAAACCUUCAACAGGAACUGGGACUGGGAGUCAGAAUACACUCUGUUCACUUCAGCUCUGAAGGUGAAUCAAAACAAUGCAAAACUGUGGAAUAAUGUUGGACACGCAUUAGAGAAUCAGAACAAUUAUGGGAGGGCGUUGCAGUAUUUUCUCCAGGCCACACGCGUUCAGCCAGAUGACAUUGGAGCUCACAUGAACGUUGGAAGAACUUACAAGAACUUAAACAGAACUAAAGAGGCAGAAGAUGCUUAUAUGGUUGCCAAAUCUCUCAUGCCACAGAUUAUUCCAGGUAAGAAAUAUGCAACACGCGUGGCCCCCAAUCAUCUCAAUGUUUACAUAAACCUGGCCAAUUUGAUCCGGGCGAACGACUCCCGACUGGAAGAAGCUGAUCAACUAGGGGAGUUACUGCUGAAGAUGAACAAGCUGACUGAAGCCCGCGAUGCCUACCUCCGAGCCCUGGAGCUCGAUCGCACCAAUGCUGACUUGUGGUACAACCUGGCAAUCGUCAACAUCGAGAUGAAAGACCCACCUGAAGCUUUAAAGAACUUUAACCAUGCCCUGGAGCUCAACCCCCGCCACAAGCUGGCACUCUUCAAUUCAGCACUUCUCAUGCAGGAGUCUGGUGAGCCCCAGUUCUGGCCAGAGGCCAACCGCCGUUUUCUCAUUUAUGUGGAGGAGGAGCCCAACGACGCAAACGGCUACUUCAACCUUGGCAUGCUGGCCAUGGAUGCUAAUGAAAAUGCCGCGGCUGAGCUCUGGAUGCGUAAAGCCAUUGGUCUGCAGGCUGGCUUCCGCAGUGCUCUGUUUAACUUGGCGUUGCUUUACUCUCAGUCCAAACGCGAGACGGACGCAUUGCCGGUGCUCGACGAGCUUUUGAACCACCACCCAGAGCACAUUAAAGGCCUCAUCCUGAAAGGUGACAUCCUCAUGAACCACAAGAAGGACACAAAUGGUGCUAAAGCCUGUUUUGAGCAAAUUCUGCGAAUGGACCCCACCAACGUCCAGGGCAAACACAACUUGUGCGUGGUCUACUUCGAGGAGCGAGACCUGCCGCGGGCCGAGCGCUGCCUGGAGGAAACGCUCGCCCUGGCGCCAAACGAGGAGUACGUACGUCGUCACUUGAGCAUUGUCCGCAGUAAAAUGGCUGCCAUGAGUUCAGCAGGGCAGCCGCUUUCCUCAAGGGAGGGAGCUACCAUUCCAGCCAAGGAAGAAAAGCUACAGGGAGUAAAGGAAGGAGAAGACUUUUUUGUUGGCGAGAAGGAAGGGAGGGGUGUUGGAAAGGGGGCUGGGGAUGAGAAGAAUCUGCGGAAAUCCUCUACAGAAAGCCCCAUAGGAGCGAGGGCAGAACACUCAGAAUCUUCAGAUAGUAGCCAGUCUGGCAAGCGGACUAAGGGUAAGUCCACUAAAGAGAUUAAAGACAUAGAGGAAAAAAGGGCAGCUGCCUUGAAGAGACUAGAGGAGAUUGAACGCAUACUGAGCGGUGAUUGAUGUUGUUGUCAAUAGGACUACUUUUGUAGAGCCCCCCCCCAUGUGCUCUGGGAUGAGACUGCAGUCCUUCUACCCUACCCUUGAAAAAAAUAAAUAAAUUGUACUCUCCCUCUCAUGGAACUGAAGUUCCAUUAUGCGUCUGAUUUUCUGAUAUUUGCAGGCUGCUCUGUGUGGUUCUGUUGUUUUAAGACUAAUCAUGUAAUAAAGGGAAAUAUUCUGCUCAUGAAUUCCAUGUAAAAACAAGCACAAAGCCAAUUGGAAGUAAUAUAUUUUAAAAAAAAAAUCAAAAAUAGAUGCAGGAUUGUGUCAGUACUUCAUAUGAAUGUGAUUUUUUUUCUUCUUUUUUCAACAUAUUAUAGGUCUGCCGUUUUUAUUUUUGUUUUUCCUCGUAAAGUCGUUGUUUAUCACUGGAUUUUUUUUCUAUAGAGAUGUAAGUCACUCCUCUGUUGUGCUUUUUUAAAAACAAUUACUGUAUGGAGAACAAUUAUAGGAAAUGACGCUUUCCCCACAUUUCCUUCAGGCAGAGUGAUAUGAGUGUAUUUUGAGGCUCUGAAUAAACCAGGCAGGGAAAAAAAAAACACUUCAACAACACAGAAAGCCUUUUCUGCUUGAAUUUAUAGAUCUGUCUAGGCUCUUCUUACCCUAACAUCAUUGUCAUCAUCCAGCUGCCUGCACCUCAAAAUAUCACUGCCAACCCAUUUACAGACUAUUAUCUCAUUCCCUUUGUCACAUUACCCCAUGCCAUUUUUUCCACGCCUCUUGUCCCAUAGACACCGCAGGCUUAUUAAAAGUGGAUGUUUUUCUCCAUAAAGUCACCCAUAGACAUCGCUUUGACACGGAAAACACCGCUUUACAUGACGAUCAACACACACUUUUCCUUAGCGCCGUGUGUUUUUGUUCCCUCUACACUUCCUUCAAGCUCAUGAGAAACAACUUAUUCCACAAAAAUUCCACAACUCACUGCAUUCACAACUGGGAUUUGUGGAAGCAGAAACUUUGAUCAGAAAUGACUUGCAGUCGAUGUCUGUAUUUGUUGCAAACUUGAACAGGAAAGUUUACUAAUUAAAGAGCUUGAAAUAAAUGCAAGAAUUUCCUGUCCUGGUUCCACAAGCUUUGGGUUUUAUUCUUGUCACUAAACCCCUAUAAAACCUAACACCUGAUUGGCUGAAUCCCAUUUAGUCUGAUGGUUAAGAAAUUAUUUUCUCUGGCAGCGAAUGAAAAACAAAUUCUGCUCCUAAGCUCUCAGUAAGACGUUUUGUAGGCUGGACUUUAGCAUGCGCUGCCCUGUAACUUGUGACUUUGGAGCAAUGCAUUCACUCAUCUAUUGUGUUCUUAAAGGUAAAUGGGGCAAAAAUGUAGUUUUCUUCUCAAAACUAACUGUUACAUCUCCAAAGCUCCUUUGUUGUUCAUGUUUUCUUUCCCUACAGGGCUGUGAUUGGUCUCAGCACAAUGAAAUUACAGAGAAAGGCUGAUUACUGAAGGCUAGGAGCGGUCGGGCAGUAAAAACUAGCUUUUCCAUGCAUUGUCCUGGUUGGCCCAAAAUAUCUUUUUACUUCAUUUAUUCAGGAUUCUGUAAUUAGUGUUAUUUAUUAUUUUAGAUUAUAUGCACUGUGGAUUCUGUAGAUCCUUGCUUUACAUGUAGCUGUUUGCUUCAUGGUACUUUAUUCCAUUAAAAAAAAUAUUGUAAUAAGUAACAGUGUAAUAAGUCAAGGUCAGUAUUUUUUUUUCCCCUUCAGCAGUGUGAAACACUUAUUGAUCAAUGAUCUGUCCUGAAAAGAUGGUACCGCUUUGGAAACGAAGCAUCCACUUUGCUAUAUAUUCAAUUACCGUACUUCUGACUUCAUUUUUUUGUAUGGUUCACUUUUUAUGCAGCAGCCCUUGGUGGUGGUUAUUAAAUAAAGUGAUAUACAAUUUUUAAAAAGUCUAGGUUUUGUUUUGGUCUCUCUGCUGUAGAAUUAUGGUUGUAUGGCAAAGGGAACAAAGACUACACGGUG